AUGCCGCCGCCUGCGCGCUCUGUCGCGCCUGAGACCUUCUUAUUAGAUCAGGACGCCCAGCAAAGCCUGCCGCCGGACAGCGUCGUCGCGCUGCAGCAGGUGGACAACCUCAAGUACUUCCUCAUCUCGGCGCCCGUCGACUGGCAGCCCGACCAGUACAUCCGCCGCUUCCUACUACCCACCGGCGAGUAUGUGUCCUGUGUGCUAUGGAACAACCUCUUUCACAUCUCCGGCACCGACAUCGUGCGAUGCCUGUCAUUCCGCUUCCAGGCCUUUGGCCGCCCGGUCAAGAACUCCAAAAAGUUCGAGGAGGGCAUCUUCUCCGACCUGCGCAACCUGAAGUCGGGCACUGAUGCGUCGCUCGAGGAGCCCAAGAGCGCGUUCCUUGACUUCCUCUACAAGAACAACUGCAUCCGCACACAGAAGAAGCAGAAGGUCUUCUACUGGUACAGCGUGCCGCACGACCGCCUCUUUCUCGAUGCAUUGGAGCGCGACCUCAAGCGCGAGAAGAUGGGCCAGGAGGCCACGACCGUCGCUGUCAGCGAGCCUGCCCUCUCGUUCGAGUUCGAUUCGUCGCAAUCGCUGUUCGAGCAGCUCACCAAGGCCCAGCAGACCAACUCGUCAUCCUUCAACAACAACGUUCAGACCUACUCGCAGUCAACGUCACCAGUAAUGCGCGCAAUGGACUCAAUGCCGCCACCUCAGAUGGUCCCGCAGUCAAUGCCGCCUCACCAGGUUCACGAAGAGCAGAUGGCGCCCAUGGUCCAGUACCAGCAGAUGUCCAUGGCGCCGAGCAUGCAGAGCACUGUUGUCAAGAGCAGAGAGCGCGAGUUCGCGCCGCAGGUUCAGUACGACCGCAAUGGCAUCCCGCUAUCACAGGUGCACCAGCGCCACAGCUCCAUGCCUGCCUACAUGGAAUACUCGCCAGCACCUUCAUUCGUCUCAUCACACUACGAGGACUACAGCACGCGCGGCAUGUCCUUCGAGCCAUUGACCCCGCCUCAGCACCAGAUUAGCCUUGGUGCCGAGCCUGCGUACAUUGCCAACGAGGACACUGGUCUUUACAGCGCCAUUCCCGAGCUCGGUGUAUCGCACUCGUUCAACCCGCUCAUGAAUAUCCCUCCGUCCAACUUGAUGGGCCCCAGCUACCCUGGCGUCAACCGCGCAUUCCCCCCAGGGAACGUGUAUUCUGUGAUUGAGGGCUCCCCCACAUACAAGCAGCGACGGAGGCGGUCGUCCAUCUCCACUGCUGCUGCCGUCGCCGCCGUCACUGCCACUGGCAACGCCCACCAGGUGCACCGCCCUAGCGACUUGAGGAGGUCAAUGUCGAGCUCCAUCAUGCCUGUGCCCGAAGGCGAGGAAGUGCACCAGCAGUCCAACCACAACUCUCCCGACAGCGCAACCGGUCCAUCCCUGCACCAGUCACUCCCAGAGGCUAAGCCCCAUGCCAACAUCUCCCGCCACGGCACUCCUCUCCACACCAUUGAAGACAGCCCGCCACAACAGCCGGCUAUGCUUCCUCAGGAUGAGCUGAAUAACCUCGUCAACGGGGACAUGUUUGACAGCCCUCUCCAGCACAGCGCAGUUGCCCGUGCCCAAGGUGCUCCUAAUGUCUUCCGACGAGCGCGCAGCGCGACCAUGAUGGAGAUUGGCCCGUACCCCCAGAAAUCCCACUCCUGCCCCAUUCCCACCUGCGGCAGGCUCUUCAAGAGGUUAGAACACCUCAAGAGGCACGUGCGCACCCACACCCAAGAGCGGCCGUAUGUUUGCCCCCUCUGCAACAAGGCCUUCUCCCGAUCCGAUAACCUUGCCCAACAUCGCCGCACCCACGAACCCCGCCAAGACGGCGAGCCGCUCGAUUUCAACGAGGAAGACCUCGAGGGUGAGGAUGGCCACCUCGACUCGCUCGAGGAAGAGUCGCCCGAGUCCGGCAACGACUACCUUUCUGGCCUGCCUCACAUCCCCACCUCCAUCUCCGACAUUCCCGGCCCGCUGGCCAUGUCCAUGGCUCCCCCGCAGCACCACCUCAUCGCUGCCAACAAUUACUAA